UACAAGGGACCAGUGGGAAGGCCUGGGCGCCUCUCUUUCGUCACACGCCUCUAUGGCCCGAGCCGAGAAGUAUUUCAAAUCCCCCAUGUGUUUUUUGUACGAGGGAAAUGUUGUUACAGUGUAGCUGGUGGUAGGUGUGUUUUUAACAUUUUAACAGAAAUCAUGACACUUUUGGGAGUUCAAGACACCAAAAGUUAGGCACAAUAGCGCUGUUUUCUUUGUUUAUACUGGAUGCGCUCGCCGGGGCAGUGUUAUUGGAUAGUAGUAUUGUGGUAGACGAGUUUUCUCAACCCCCUUCUCUCCGGAGCACUGGCUAACAUUACUAGCAUAGCUGCUGCCUCUUCCAUACUUUCGUAGAACAACGGGAAAGUUGUCUUGAGUUGGGAGACAUGGCGGAGACUAAAAUAAUUUAUCACAUUGACGAAGAGGAGACGCCGUACUUGGUGAAGAUUCCCAUAGCGGCUGAAAAAAUCACUUUACUGGAUUUUAAACAGGUCUUGAAUAAGCCGAACUACAAAUUCUUCUUCAAGUCUAUGGACCAGGACUUCGGGGUGGUGAAGGAGGAGAUCUCGGAUGACAGUGCCAAGCUGCCGUGCUUCAAUGGAAGAGUUGUCUCCUGGCUGGUGUCCUCAGACACCCCUGCAGCCGAACCCCCUGCUCCUCCGGUAGAGGUCCAGUCUCAGCCCUCUCCUCCCCCUCCUCCCCUUCCUCCACCUCCUCCCGAGAGGACGGGGGGCAUUGGAGACUCCAGACCCCCUUCCUUCCAUCCCAACACAGCAGGCAGCGUGGAUUCCUUAGAUGAUCAGACAGAGACUGAGUCAGUCGUGUCUUUCAGGAGAGAGAGACCUCGACCCAGAGAGAGCUUGGAUCAACAUGUCUCAGGUCCACGUAUGAAUGGGCAGUCCCGUAUGGACAGACACCUGGCUGGCUAUGAGAGUGCCACCACAGUGAUGAGCAGUGAACUGGACACCACGAGCUUCUGUGAUUCAGAUGAGGACGAUACGAUGAGCAGAUUCAGCAGCUCCACCGAACAGAGCACAGCAUCUAGAUUGCUGAAACGCCAUCGCAGACGCAGGAAACAGCGCCCACGUCUGGAGAGGGCUUCCUCUUUCAGCAGUGUGACAGAUUCAACCAUGUCCUUAAACAUUAUUACAGUCACUCUUAACAUGGAGAAGUAUAAUUUCCUGGGCAUCAGUAUAGUGGGUCAGAGUAAUGAGAGAGGUGAUGGAGGCAUCUAUAUUGGCUCCAUCAUGAAGGGAGGAGCUGUAGCUGCAGACGGACGCAUUGAACCUGGAGACAUGCUGCUGCAGGUGAAUGACAUCAACUUUGAGAACAUGAGUAAUGAUGAUGCGGUCAGAGUGCUCCGUGAGAUUGUCCAUAAACCUGGACCCAUCAUCCUGACUGUGGCAAAAUGUUGGGACCCUUCUCCACAAGGUUAUUUCACCCUGCCACGCAAUGAGCCAAUCCAGCCCAUAGAUCCAGCAGCAUGGGUCAAUCAUUCAGUAGCUCUCACAGGGGUGUUUCCAUCCUACCCUAGCAGCACAAUCACCUCCAGCUCAUCUGUCACAGAAACUGAACGAUUUGACGAGUUUAACCUGUCUCUUCGCUCUGACAUGGCAUCGGUUGCUAAGGCCAUGGCAUCUCCUGAGUCCGGUCUGGAGGUCAGAGACCGAAUGUGGCUGAAAAUCACCAUUCCCAAUGCUUUCUUAGGUUCUGACGUGGUUGAGUGGUUGUAUCAUCACAUCGAUGGGUUUCAGGACAGACGGGAAGCUCGUAAAUAUGCCAGUAACCUACUAAAGGCCGGUUUCAUCAGACACACUGUUAACAAAAUCACCUUCUCUGAACAGUGUUAUUACAUAUUUGGAGACUUCAGUAACUGUGAAAAUUACAUGGCCAACCUUUCUCUUAACGAUAACGAUGGUUCCAGUGGUGCUUCAGACCAGGAUACUCUGGCUCCUCUUCCAUUGCCAGGAGCAACACCAUGGCCUCUGCUCCACUCUUUCACGUACCAGUACCCUCACCCCUAUUCCAACCAGCCUCCUCCCUACCAUGAGCUCUCCAACUACAGCUACGGCCCAGGCAGUGCAGGCAGCCAGCACAGUGAAGGGAGUCACAGCAGUGGCUCCACACGCAGUGAUGGAGAGAAGAGAAGGGGCAGUAAAAGUGUAUCUGGCAGCACGGCGGGAGGUAGCGUACGUGACGAUAAAUCUCCUGGUGGGGGCGGAGCUGACUCGCGUUCUGGCAGCGGUAGCGAGUCAGAUUACUCUGUUCGCAGCAGCCUGAGACGAGACCACGGCUCAGCCACUCCUAGCGAACACAGUCGCUCCAGUCAGCGCUCGAGCCAGCGCUCGCAUCAUCGUGUCCCGCAGGCUCAUCUUGCUCCAUAUCCGCCUGGAAUCCCCAUUUCUUACAACCCAAUGAUGGUGAUGAUGGUGCCCCAGCAUCCACACCCACAUUUAGCACUUGGAGCCCCACACCCACAAACGCCUACUUUGCCGCCCCACCCUGGCUUUCCCCCCUCCGGCACCCCUGGUGGGCCUCCAGGAGCUCCACCAACCCGAGACCUGGGCUCCGUCCCGCCUGAGCUAACUGCCUCUAGGCAGUCUUUCCAUUUGGCCAUGGGCAACCCCAGUGAGUUUUUUGUGGAUGUGAUGUAAUGAAGGAUGUAACCGUCGAUGCACAAGUGAAGGAGUGAAAGCAGAGAGGUUAGAAUCACCUGAUAACUGUGAGUUCUACUCUGUGACUGACAGAGAUGUAGUUUACUUUAUCAGUGCAGCUCUUUAGAGUUAGUUUUUGUCCUUGACGGUAGGAACAGGGUUAACAGAAGGGUAGGAAGUCUUGCAUAGCACAGACUUCAAAAUCUGUUUUGCCUUUGUCUUUGUGGUAUUAGCCGCAACUGGGUCUGGCUUUGACUAAGAUCUCAUGAUUUUCCAGAAAAUAUUUCUAAAAGCAAAUUCGCUUUACACACCUUUUAAAUGACCGACACGAUAUUCACUAGAAUACAAAAUGCUUUUAAAAACAGUGAUGAAUUAAAACUUACAUUUUAAGAAAACCCUUCUAUAAAAAUAAUAAAGCAUGGAAGCUUGUUUCCGUCAUGGGAUAAAAACAUAAAAAGGUAAUUGCAACUUUUAUCUCACAAUUUAGACUUUUUUUCUUGCAUUUCUGAGAGGAAAUUGCGGCAUAUUAACUUGCAAUUGUGUGGGAGGAAAAAUUAGCUUUUUAUUUUUUAAUCAAUAGGACGUGAAAAAAAAAAAACAGAAUUGCGAGAUGCAAAAUUAGAACUCAGACGAAAAAAAGUCAGAAUCGCAAGAUAUAAACUAUAGGCAUGCCUUCAAAAACCUUUAAAAGGAUUCAAAAGGUUGCAACAAUCGAUCAGGUGUAUUAUGUCUGUAAGUAGUGCUUUAAAGUGUACCAAGGAAUUCUGAAAGCUUUUCUCUCAUGUAUUAUGUACUGUAUAUGCUUAAAAAAUUGCCUUUGUAAACUGUCUUUGUACUGCUGAUUGGAGCCAGGGUUCAUGGAAACAAAUAUUUGGUUGCCAGUUUCUGAGAUUAAGAACUCUUCUGAUUCAAUCCCUCUCAAAGACUUGCUAGUACCCUCAAAAAUAGGUAGACUAUAAAAUGAUUGUACUAAAAUGGUACGUGCAGAGAAAGUUUUAACCCCAUAAAAGGUACUUUCUGGGUAGAAUAGGUUGUUCAUUCUUUGUUCUACUCCAGAGAUGUUUUUUUUUUUUAAUCUUUGCAUGGCUGAUAAUAAUAGCGCCUUUUUAUAUUUUUAGUGUUUAUGAGUUUUUAUAGAUAUAAAGGUCCAAAUAUUCAGGUGCUGCAUAAUUACUGAGUCUCAAUGGAAUGCCAUGUUGAAGUGUUACGUUUUGAAUAUCAUCAGAUACUGUCACUUUUGCAUGCUGUCACUCCAAAUAAAUUUGAUAGAAUUGAC